GUUUACUACUGCGCAUCUGUGGGGUACUACAUGCACAUUACGCCGGGGAUUAUUGGCAAGACUUGUUGGUCAGCUGAUUAUAGCUGCUACAUUUCUUAAAAAAGUGUUUUGUUACUGUCGAUAUGAAAGGAUAUAUUUUUAUAAAAAUUGUUCACCUUCCACUUUGUAAAAAGAUAUACGGUUAAACCAGUCUUGAGUCAGUCUCUCGUGUCUUGUUUGACAGUAAGUGGAAACAAGGUGGGUGUGUGAAGAUAGUUCAGUGAAUUGUGGUCGCCCCAGUGUUCUUGGCCCGGGCAUUAGUACUACUAAUUUUCAAGUCUUCUCAUUUGAAGUAAAGUGCCUUAUCGGAUACAUAAUCCUACUGCAGAUUGAACCACAUGGCUGUGUAGCACAGAGGAAAAAAAAAUAGUGUGUAUGAAAAGGGGGGUGCCGACCCUGUACAUCAAGCAACCGUUUCACAGAGGGAAGUCUGGGGAUUUAAAGUGAAAAUCUCUUCCUUCCUAUUCCGACCUCGCGCCCGAGGAUGAGUAUCCAGAUCCCACCGGGCCUUACGGAGUUGCUGCAGGGGUACACGGUAGAAGUGCUGCGGCAGAGGCCCCCAGACUUGGUUGAAUUUGCCAUCCAGUACUUUACCCGGCUCAAGGAAAGUAAGACCACCCAGGAUGGCGCUGGGGGUGUCAGAUCGCUUCUUCCGAGCUCAAAGGGAGUUAACUUCGGAGAACCCAUGCAGACCGAAUCCAACGGAGAAGAUGAGGAAGAUGAUGACUCCGAUUUUGAGCCUCCUGUCAUCAACAGAUUCAGCAGAAGGGUAUCAGUUUGUGCUGAAGCAUACAAUCCUGAUGAGGAGGAAGAAGACACAGAACCAAGGGUAGUUCAUCCAAAAACAGAUGAGCAGAGACUGCGGCUACAAGAAGCCUGUAAAGAUAUCCUUCUUUUCAAAAAUCUUGACCAGGAACAAUUGUCUCAGGUCCUUGAUGCAAUGUUUGAGAAGAAAGUAAAACCUCAGGACCAUGUUAUUGAUCAAGGAGAUGAUGGUGAUAAUUUUUAUGUAGUGGAAAGGGGUCAGUUUGAUAUUUUUGUUACUAAAGAUGGACAGACUCGCUGUGUUGGUCGAUACGAUGAUCGUGGAAGUUUUGGAGAGUUGGCACUAAUGUAUAAUACUCCUAGAGCUGCUACCAUUGUUGCAACCACAGAUGGUGCCCUGUGGGGGAUGGAUCGAGUAACAUUCAGGAGAAUUAUUUUAAAAAACAAUGCCAAGAAAAGGAGGAUGUAUGAAACAUUCGUUGAAUCAGUGCCCCUUUUAAAAUCACUAAAUCUUUCUGAAAGAAUGAAGAUUGUUGAUGUAAUAGGUGAAAAGAUAUAUCAGGAUGGUGAACGCAUCAUUGCUCAGGGUGACAAAGCCGAGUCAUUCUUCAUGGUGAAGUCUGGUGAAGUGAAAAUCAUGAUGAAAAGUAAGACAAAAGCAGACCAAGAUGACAACAAAGAGGUGGAGAUCACCAGGUGUAACCAAGGACAGUAUUUUGGUGAACUUGCUCUUGUCACUAAUAAACCGAGGGCAGCAUCUGCUUAUGCUGUUGGAGAGGUUAAGUGCUUAGUUAUGGAUGUACAGGCUUUUGAGAGAUUACUUGGACCCUGCAUGGACAUUAUGAAAAGGAACAUAGUGCAUUACGAGGAGCAGCUGGUGGCAUUAUUUGGUUCAAGUAUGGACCUGAGGGAUCCUGGAAAUUAGACACAGUAAAUUUUGAUGCCUUCAGUUCUAAUACAAAAACUGCUUUUAGCAAUGCAACACAUUGGAAAUGGACACUGCAAAACGUUCUUUGCUGCAUUCUACAUGGGCAUUUUGCAGCACUAAAGUAAACAAAAAAAUGUUAUUAGCCUCCUCCCUUGGGGUUCACUAAAGACUUUAUGUACAUCUCCAGUUUGCUGCUGUAAUUUCAUUAUUAAAUCCAAGCAAUGUUAUGGGAUUUGGUGGUUGUGCAGCACAGCAUGUACCAGUCAGAGUUAGCAUCCUUUUUAUUAGUAAGUAAAAUACUUACAAAAACGAUCUCUUAUGGUUAGGAGGAUCAUUCCCGGAGAACCAGGCCAUCUGUGGUAAUCAGGCAAGUUUCAGCAUUAGUAACGAGCAAUGCUGCAUUGCUGUCACUGGUAAUACAAGUAAUUUACUUCAGCAUCCUGUAAUCUGCAGAUGUUGAAAGCAAAAUUACUUUGAGUAACUGAAAAGCUUUAAAAGAUUUGUUUUUUGAGCCAGUGAGUAAGUGAAGGUCUGCAGUAAGUAACCUGGUUACCUGAACUAGUAGUAAAGGGCUAGAAUGCAUGUUCUACAAAUAAAUAAUACUACUAAACUUAAGCAAAAGUGAAACAAGUGAUGUUAGGGCUCCCUAGCGAACAUGAUGCUGCAUUUCUAAUAUUUAUUAUUAGCACAUCUGAAUUUCCGGGACUAGUUUUCACACACACACACAGAGGAAAUGGAAAUUACUGUCUUAGUGUUUACUGCUGACAUUUUUUCUGCAAAUGUUAAUACUUCUUCAUUAGCAGUUUGGUCUGUGAAGAAUGAUGCAGUAAGCCCAUUCAUGCUGCCUUUAAGGAUGGAUUUUUGUUCCUUUCAUUUAAAAUGAAGUUCAUCCUGUGUACCCAGAGACAGAGUUUUCCUGACCAUUUUUUUUUCGGGGAUUAUUUUAUAACAAGUGGAUUUCUUUAAUUUGUAAUUUUCUGGCACUGAGCACAUAUUAGAACUGACCUUUGAGGUGUCUGCUAGGAGCCAUAUGUGCACUUUGCAAGCAUCCACCAACAUGACAUUAUUGUUCAAGGUUUGUGGGUUAAAUAUAAAGUCAGUAGGCACAAACCUCUAUACAAUCCCGCCCCUUCUUGAGUUCAUUAAUGAGAUUGAUCACGUUGGAGGAGAUGUCAUUUUAGUAAACAAAAAAAAAAAAUCAAUUUAAAUGGGAGAUGAGGAAGAUUAUUUUUGGAUUUCUCUGAGCAUUUUAAGUUUAAACACUCAGGUGACGAGUAAUGAUGUUUUGAGAGACAUCAUUAUAUUGGCUCACAGUACAUGCAGCUUUGUUGAAGUCAUUUCCUCUCGAGGAAAAAAAAUUAUCCUAUAGCUGUGGGUGUACAGUUUAAUAAAUUUAUUAAAGAAGCUCAGUCAAAUUGCCUGGUAGAUGAAGCAGACUGACUUUCAGGUGGUAGUUCUAAACCAGCCUUUACAGGUCACAGUUAUCCCAAUUUUGACUUGAGAAAAAAAUUUCAUGCUAAGCUUUUAGAAAGUUGACUAGGUUGGUGCUGCCUCUGUCCUUUUCUUAGCACAUAUUUUUUUUCAUAUUCACCAUCAGGUUAAUGCUAUACAAGAUUAAUAUCAGAUUUCUUACUGGAUAGUAGUGGUUUGCAUUAAAGUACAUUUUAAGACUGUAAUGUCCUGUAGAAAGGAAGAUGCAUUUUUUAUGACUUGCAGCUUUAGAUAUUAUGGUAGCAGCCUGCAGGUUGAAGCAUUUCUUUGUACUUAUUUGAAAUUGAGUUGGGUUUGCUUCAAUUUGUUAAGCAGUGAGCUGUUAACAGUCGCUUUGUAUGUAUUCAGGACCUGCACUUUAGACAGUAAUAUAUGCCAGCAAAAUUACGUCAUAUUUGUGACUUCGGUACCUUUUUAGUUUUUCUGUCUCCCAUACUAGGAAGUCGGGGUGCGAGGAGUUUUAAGUUGUCAGUAUACCAUCCCAUGUGCCACUACAUUUUCAGCAGGAAGAAUUAGCAUUUUAGAAGUUGAGAAAAUGAAAAAAGAAGUAGGUUUCAUCUGCUUGUGAGGAAUGGAAUAAGGGACAGCCUUAUGAAGAGCAUCAUAUUAAUUUUGGCACCCAUCCAAAAGUUGAAUUGUGUGUUUUUUGUUUUGUAUUUGUGAAGCAUUCUUACCAAAUUAUAAUUCAUUUGAAGAUUUUUGUUCUGGGGAUAGGUGUUUGUUUUGUGAGUUGUGAUUUUGACAAGCAGCUGUCAUUUUCCAUUAAGAAAUGUUUAUUUAUAAGAGUAUGAUUUCAGUUUCCUUUGCAGGACUAGUAAAAACAUUUUAAUUCUGUUGUUUGAGCAAAUGGGGAUGUUGCACACAAAAUGAAGAAUAUAUUUUCAAAAAGAAAGAAAAAAUGAGUGCAGCAGAAACGUUCAAAAUAGCAUUCUCUUAUAAUACUGAAAAGGUGUGCCACAGGAUGGAAACAGAGAAGUGCAGUUAUUUAGAAUGUACCUUUUUUUUGUAGUGCAGGAGAGCUAAUAACAGAAAUGUAAGCGCUCCGCAGUAGGCAGGUCUGAAUAUGCCUGUUUCACAUUGACAAAGUCUUUAGAAAUACCUGUCCUAAUUAUGAACCACAACUGCUGGAUCUACAGGAAUUGUGAAUAAAUACAUUUUAUAUGAA